GGGAAAGGGGGAACGCCACACGGACUCUGGCGAGGGAACACGUGUACAUGCAACAUGCACACAUUCUGGCUCCGCCUACGAGAUCCGCCGGGUGGUACCCCUGCGUUCGACAGUCAGCGACCGUCUACCACCUACGGACAAACACAACAUCCAUAGAAAAGAAAAAAAAUUCUCUUGGGAGGGGAUUCGAACCCGCAUGAGACCGAAGAGUCUACUACUGCGGCCACCGCUGCUGCCU